UUUUGUCGAUAUAUCACAAUCCCCUCAAGAACUGAAUUUACGACCUCCUGGCCAACCUCCAUCCUAGUGCAAUGGUUACUAUUCUGUCUUCUAUCAAUUGCAGGAAAUUUUUUUAGGUCGUGUGAAGCAGGGCUUGAUAUAGCAAAAAUAAACUCGCUUCUUCCGAGCAACAAGCCACAUUCAUCUCACGGAAUUGACCGAAGUUACCGACCGCAAAUGACCUCUCCAUCCUCAGAUACGACCCGUCUAUACAUUACGCCGUUUACCUCCGAGCUCCUUCCCCUAGUGCUCCCAGCUUCCAUUCGUCCCCUCGCCACAGACGUCUCAUUCCACGACCUUCCAACAUUCCCGGAAAACAACUACGGCUACGUUACCUUGCCAGCAAUGGAGGCGGACAAGAUCAAAAAAAAGCUCAAUGGCUCGAUCCUCAAGGGAAGGAAGUUCAAAGUAGAAGCUGCUCGGCCUCAGAAAAGGCAAAGGGAUGAGGAGGACAGUGAAAAUGUCGUGUCCAAAGUCGAGCAUUCCUCCGACAAGAAGUCUAAAAAGCGCAAGGCGGAGGAGAAUGUUUUGGACGGCUAUGAGCUCCCGUCGGAUCGCAAGGUGAAACGAGGUUGGACCGAGUCGGCAAAUGACAAGGUGGAACGGCGCAAAAAGGAAAAGAAGCAGAAAGGGACGGGCGAGAAAGACGCAAAACCUCAGACAAAGUCCAAAUAUUCCGAAAAAUCAGAGUGUCUUUUCCGAACCAAGGUUCCAGCGAACAAGUCCUUGUCCCUGGAUGACAAGUCGAGCAAGUCGAAGAAGAGGAACAAGUCAUCGUCGGACACUGUGGUCCAUGAAUACUCCAAAACCAUUACACAGCCAUCUUUUCUGCGGGAAGAGGAGAACGGCACAGUUCUUACGUCUACGUUUGAAGAGGGCAAGGGCUGGAUCGAUGAGCAAGGAAAUUUGAAAGAAAAUGUCAGUGACCGGAUCAAGAAAAAGGAAUACACACCAGGGCAAGUUCCAGGCUACAAGGAGAAGGCCAUCAGAACCAAGACAGUCACGAAGGCCGAAAAUGCCGCCUCGUCGAAUUCCAAGAGCCGCAAAUCAGGGCCUGUCGAAGGAAAGGAGUCAACCGACGAGUCGGAAGAUUGGACAUCUUCCAGUGGCUCAUCUUCGUCAGAUGAUGACACCACAGAUUCUGAAAGUGAAGACAGCGCUUCUUCUAGUUCAUCAGAGGAGUCUAGUGUAGCUUCUGAUGAGGAAGAAAACCAGUUGUCCCCUUCCAAGGGUGACCACGCCAAAAGCGAUGCACAAGAUUCAACCGCCAAAUCCGAAGAGACAGAUCCAGAUAAUGAACAACAGCCAAAAGAGGUUCACCCCCUAGAAGCCCUCUUCAAGAAACCUGCUCCCGUGUCCCCCGGAAAGAAAGCCGAACUGGAAGCCCCCACACAAUUUAGUUUCUUUGGGCAGGAAGACUUGGAAUCCGAGGAAGAGCAAGAGUCAAAGGAGCCCAUAGAACCUCUUACACCGUUUACAAAAAGAGACUUUGAAGGCCGUGGGUUAAGAAGCGCGGCUCCAACUCCCGAUACAACACAAGUCGGAAGGUCUAUAAACUGGACCCUUCCUGGACACUCCGAUUCCACGGGCGUUGAGGCGUCUCCGUAUGCUAACAACAGUCCUCUCUCCAAAGCCGGGCCACGGUUGACAGAUGAGUCUGAUUUCACUAAGUGGUUCUGGGAGAAUCGAGGCGACAACAACCGUGCUUGGAAGAAGAGACGACGGGACGUAGCCAAGGAACAGAGACAGAGAGAGAACCGGAGGAAAGGCAUGAAGGGCAAAUCCUAGGCUUUUUUGGCGGUCGAAACUCAAGGGGGGAGACUAUACUACUUAUAAUCCAUCAUACUAGGAAAAAAGAUCUAUACAACUAAAUAAUUAUAAGUGAUGUCAUAUGUGAA